AAGAAGCAAUUAAGUAUGGUGGCAGGGUGAUACUUGGUGAUCGUCCUGUACAGAUUACCAUAUGGAGAACAUGGAGAAAGAUGCCGCUUUGGCAUAAGACUAAAUUGCUGUACUCUUUAAUUUUUCAAGAUUUUUUACCCAGCCCCGACGAUCUUAAUAAAAUGCUGAAGGAAAUAGAUGACAUUGACAUGCUAACUCUUGUCAUUCAAGAGAUGAGUAAGGAGUUUCCAACUCUAAUGGAGACCCUUGUACAUGAACGGGAUCAAUACAUGUCCUCCUCAUUAUUGAAGGUGGCGCGAGAGAAUAGCUCAGUUGUUGCUGGUGGCAAGGGGCAUCUACAAGGAAUAAAGAAGCAUUGGAAGCAACCUAUUAUGGUGAAGGAUCUCAUGACAAUUCCAUUGUCAGACCAAGUCUCAGCAGUAAAAAUCAUUUCUUCCGUAGGUGUUGCCGUGGCUGGGGCAGCCAUAGUAGCAGGCAUCUAUCUGACGACCAGGAAAUAACUUGAUGAAUGAUGAACUUGGUAUGCAUCUUUCGUCCAGGCGUCCAGCUAUUUAAUUGAUUCAAGGGUCGCUGUAAAAUUUCGCACGGAUGCAUGUCUGAGGUCCAUAUUUUCAUUGAUAUUUCUGGGCCCCAUCUUAUCUGAUUUUUUUUUUGGUGGAUAUAAUCCUAGUUUUUUUUGUUAAAAAAAACUUAAUCUAAGGUUUAAGUGAAGAUAAUAUUCAAUUGGCUAUACACGUUAUUAGUGCAUCAAUUUCUUUUCUUUUUUUUUGGUACAACUGUAAUAUUGUAAAUGAAACAACAUUUCAAAUGCACGUUGAAUGCUUAUAAGAUUGCUUCUAAAUAUGUGUAGUGAAAAUCUGAAAUCACCUCUUCGUUAUCUGGAAUUUAUUAAAUUACAUUUUUUUC